CCACGUGAUACACGAGAAAAUGAAACUGCAACUUGUAUGUUCUGCCCAUUACCUAAGAACGGGUUAGAAGGUUUUCUGGUCCGUUUUAAAGUAAUCCUUAGAAAACGACAAGAGGUGAAGAAAAAAGUGUAAGGUGAGAGAGAACACGGUGAGCUGCUGUGAGGUAGAUGCACUAACAUUAGCACGUGGGAGGAGCUGAGCAUAGCAGAGCCGAGCUGAGCCGAGCGAGCAGAGCAGCGCCACACAGCUGCUGCCUGGACGCAAGCUUCAGCUCAGGGAAACUCUCUCUCUCUCUCUCUCUCUCUCUCUCUCUCUCUCUCUCUCUCUCUCUCUCCCCCCAUCUCUCUCCCCCUCUCUACAACACUACAAGACGAGUGUGUGUAAAUGCGGAAAAACGGUUUACAACCGCGCAGAAUAUUCCUGACUGUUCCUCGAUAACCAGUGGUCCCGUGAGCUGUAAGAUUCAGGAGUGAAAGGUGGAAGAGAAAAAGGCUAUCGUACAGUAGCUCACCGAGGGGGACAAGGUUAUGUUAUGGUGUCGGUGAUGAGCACAGACAUGAAGUGAAAUGUGAAUGUGGAUGAGGAGGAGGUGUGAGGCUGGAGACUCAGGCAGAGGACAUGAUGGUAAUGUCUGGGUGGAUGUUUCUGCCCAUCAGCCUGCCCGUCCUUACCAUCACAGGCAUCUGGGUUGUGUAUGCUAUGGCCCUAUAUAACCAGCAUGUUUGUCCUGUGGAUAACUGGUUAUAUAACCAGUCAUGUGAGGAAGACUUGCCCAUGCAGACCGGACCAACACUAUGCUGUACCCUGGACAAUGUGCCACUCAUCAGUAAGUGUGGCACACUACCUCCAGAGAGCUGCUUCUUCAGCCUUAUCUGCAGCACGGGAUCCUUUAUGGUGAUGGUGAUAGUUUUGCUGCAUUAUGCACAUGUGAUUGAAAAGCGGCAGAACUGUGUAUUAAACACGGCUAGCCUUUCCACUGGUUGGAUCUGCUCUGUGGGACUCAUCAUGGUGGGCAACUUCCAGGUAGAUAAUGCAAAGGUGUUACACUAUGUUGGGGCCGGCAUGGCCUUCCCCACCAGUGUGCUGUUUGUGAGUGUGCAGUCUGCACUCACUUAUAAACUGGCCAAGACUCAGGGUGAGUACAAUAUGGGCCAUCUGCGUCUCAUCAUGACCCUGCUGGCGUUCGUAGCACUGGUGCUCAGUGGAGUUUUUUUCGUCCAGGAGAGUUUUGUCCUGCAGCACGCCUCGGCCAUCUUCGAGUGGGUCUUCUGUGUCAUCAUCAUGCUAUUUUACGGCACGUUUGCCUUCGAGUUUGCCAGUAUCUCCAGCAACACCAUGAUGGUCCUGGCCAGAGGAGGAGCUUUAGGUAGCAGCAGCCAAGAUCACAAAAUCGAUUCCCUCGGUAGAACUAGUCAGCACCAGCCGGAGAACAUGUCCAUGCUUUAACCUCAUAGAGGGAGAGAUGGCACGGGCCUGCCCUUGCUAAUCUCUCUCUCUUUCCCGUUUCUUUUACACAUACAUGUACAGUAGGGUGCAGAGGAGAACACUAGUUCAACGGAGGACAUCAGGCCUACUUUUACUCUUAAUCUGAGAUAAUUUUUGCCAAAGGACUUUGCACACAUUUUUGCACAUUCUUGAGACCAAAUAAUUGUCUAUCUUCAGUGUCACUCACUUUGUAGUCCAUAAACUUGUGGCUGUAAUGCUUAAAGAAGCAGUGUUAUAUGCAUUGAUGUGGUAUGUGGUGUUGGCUUUUUGAAUGUUGAUGGUAUCGGAAUGGAGAGGAUGCAGUCUGUUACAAUGUGACAGCGACAGCAGUUAAUAACACAGACCUGCACACUUGGCUGGGCACUGAGACCAUUCUGUGCCAAUUCUAGUUUCAUGCCAAUAAAAAAAAAAAUCUGGAGUUUAUUUCUGAAUUUUAUAUACAAUUCCAUUGACUAGAUCUAUGGCUUUAAGUUAUGGUUAAUAUUCUCACACACAGAAGUGCUUUCUGCUCAAUGCAUAUUCUGUUCAGGGCGACUAUCGUUACCAUUGUGCCUUACGAAACGGGGCCAAGCAAAGCUGUCUGAUGGACACCAUUUAUUAAUUUCUAAUUCUGUAUUGUUAAUUAUAUUGUCCAAUGUUUCAAAAAUGUACUUCUUUUGUUCUAUAAAUGUUGUCAGAAGAAAUGCUAAUAAGGCCAGCAGACGUUAACUUUACACUAACGCAGAACAUUCCCAUAUUUGCUGUAUAUUUGACUUGUGGGUUUGUAAAUCAGAUUAUAUUCUUGCUCAUCUCUGUGCCUGAGGCCAGUCUAUUGAGUAUAUAGAUUGUGGACACUGGUGUUUGAUUGGUAUCUGAUUUGAUUGAGGGUCUGUUUACAUUUCCUGUCACUUUGGUUCUUUAUCCAAUCCCAGUUAAAGAAGAACAGUACAGAUCCCACUUACAAGAUACACCAGAUCUUGUCUCAUGAGCUUCUACAAUCUGCAUUAUUUUGUCUGUGAUUUCCACACCUUGUGGUUUCACUUUUAAGAUUAAUCUGUCUUAAUCUUGUGAUUAGGAUCCUAACUACACACAGGUGUCACAAAAAUGUGAUCUGUUUUGCCAGUAUGUCUUGCAGCAGGUCUGCAAGUCUGUUACACAAAAAGCCAUUUUUUCUGAUAGAUGUACUCUUACUUGAUUACUCUUAUUGUUGGAUGCUGAUUUAAGUGCCCUUAAACAGAAAUCCUGUUACCCUGUCUCUGCAUUCUUAGGUUAUGUUUAAUUUACUCCAUAUGUCUUUAUCAACAAAAGACAAGUCUAAGGUUUUAGCUUCUAGUCAAAUCCUCAGGUAAAUCUGUUAUACCAGCUUGGAGUCAUUGCUUUUAAUAAAGUGUUAACUAACGAGUGAACGUUUUGCAGUAAAACUGGCAUACGCUUGAAGUACGUAUUACAUCUGAUUUGUAAGAAUAUUUACACUUUCAUGGUCUGUAUGUAUCAUGUAACUGUUUCCCUGUUCGUACUGUGGUAAUGUACAGAACCCCUGAUGACAGUUUUGAGGACUUGGCUGUCUGUGACUUAACUUGAUCCAUUUUCUGUGCUAUUACUUUAACCCAGACACAGACAUUUUCAGCUGAGCAAAGAGUCAUAAUACAUUCAAACUCCAAUAACACAAACAAGAAGUACAAAUAUACAACCUCAAUGCACAUGUGCGACACACAUUGCAGAUAUUGGGUAAAAUAACUGAUAUGCUGGCUUUAAAAAGGGCACCGUCCUGUGCCUUAUACCAAAGACUGAAAGUUUUUUUGUUUUUGUUUUUUUUGAUAAAAUGUAGAUAUGAUUUAUUGUAUUGUAUAUUUGCCUUAAGCUAAGCAAAAAUAAAGCAAAUAUAAAGAAAA